GCGCGGGGGCGGGGCGGCCGUCAGCUGACUGGCGGCGGCGGCUUCGCUGGGACUACCGUUGGCGGCGACGCAGGCUCCGGAGGGAAGAUCGCCGGCGUGUCGGUUCUCGGCGGGCGAGGCGCGGCGGCCGAGCACCAUGGCGACCACCGUCAGCACGCAACGCGGGCCGGUGUACAUCGGGGAGCUCCCGCAGGACUUCCUCCGCAUCGCGCCCACGCAGCAGCAGCAGCAGGUGCAGCUGGACGCGCAGGCGGCCCAGCAGCUGCAGUACGGCGGGGCCCUGGGCACGGUGGACCGCCUCAACAUCACCGUGGUGCAGGCCAAGUUGGCAAAGAAUUACGGCAUGACCCGCAUGGACCCGUACUGCCGGCUGCGCCUGGGCUACGCAGUGUACGAGACGCCCACGGCCCACAACGGCGCCAAGAACCCGCGCUGGAAUAAGGUCAUCCACUGCACUGUGCCGCCCGGCGUGGACUCCUUCUACCUGGAGAUCUUCGACGAGCGAGCCUUCUCCAUGGACGAUCGCAUCGCCUGGACGCACAUCACGCUGUCCGAGGCGCUGCGGCAGGGCGAGGUGGAGGACAAGUGGUACUGCCUGAGUGGGCGGCAGGGCGACGACAAGGAGGGCAUGAUCAACCUGGUCAUGUCCUACUCGUCCCUGCCGGCCACCAUGAUGAUGCCGCCUCAGCCCGUGGUCCUGAUGCCCACCGUGUACCAGCAGGGCGUCGGCUAUGUGCCCAUCACAGGAAUGCCCGCUGUGUGCAGCCCUGGCAUGGUGCCCGUGGCCUUGCCCCCGGCGGCUGUGAGCGCCCCGCCCCGCUGUAACGAGGAGGACCUGAGGGCCAUCCAGGACAUGUUCCCCAACAUGGACCGUGAGGUGAUCCGCUCUGUGCUGGAAGCCCAGCGAGGGAACAAGGAUGCGGCCGUCAACUCCCUGCUGCAGAUGGGUGAGGAGUCCUAGACUCCCGCCGCCUGCGCCCUCGCCGCCACGCCGCUCCAGCCCUUUGGACCUGCCACCGGGGCACCCGAGCCCUGUCCCAACGAGAUCCCUGUGUCCCCUCCUCAGUGUCCUGUCACCAGUCCGCCUGUUGGGGAUGCAGGUGGGUUUGGGUUCCGGCAGCUGCUCUGGACUGCCAGCGGCGUGGCCAUAGGGGCCUCCCUCCUCCCUCUGUGGGGGUGAGCGGCACGUGGCCGUGUCCUGUGUGCACACUCGCCUCUGCUGGGGACGCGCCACCCAGUGCUCCGAGCUGCUGCUCCCGAGAGGGCCCUUGCAGGAGCAGCCUGCCUCGCCAGGGCCGGGGGAGGCCGAGGGCCCUUCUGGUUGGUUCCUGGCGCGUAGUCCGGCCACUUACGGGGACAGACCUCCUUCCUUAGGCUCACAGUCCACUGACAGCUGCUUGGGGUUUAGAACUUGCCAACUGAAAACUCCCAUCCCUCCCUCCGUGGGCUUCAUGGCCUGGCUGUUUCCCGGUGGCCUGGGCCGGUGUGGCUUGGCCAGGCCUUAGCCACGGUGUCAGCCUGACUGUCCAGCCCGCCAGCCCCUGUCACAGCCCUCGCGGUGGCCGGAGGGGCUGUCCUAGCUCAGAGGAUCCCUGGUCUCCGCCUGCUGUUCGUCAGCUCUGGGGAGUGCCAUGCGGAGGGGCGGCUUCUCCUCUCCUUGAUGGACUCUCGUACCAGAACCUGAACUUGGGGUAACAUGUAAUAGACCUAGUACUUCGCUAAUGGGAGGGAGGGUGCUGGGACCUGCUGGCUCCCACUGACACUCAUUUCAGUGAGCAUGUGCCGGGUCCGAGGAUGCGUGUGGAGGGUGGAGACAGUGCCAAAGUCCCCUGGAGCCCACGUGCGCAUGUGCGAGCUGCACCCUGGCCUGGUGCUGGCCACGGCCACAGCGUGGGGACCGGGUGGGUGACGCCUAGUGAAACGAGGAGCUCCUCAGAAAUGACGCACUGUAAGUCACACCCAUGGGCUGAACGCGUGCGUCCUCGGGUGGGGGGGUGGGUUCGCAGUAAGCUGCAGUCACUGUCCUUUCUCUAGCCGUUGCCUGGCCUGGGGCCUCAGCUCUUUCUGAUUCAGGGUCAGGACCGUCCUGGAGCUGGAGGCUGGUGGCUCGGCAGGAGAAAGCAAGGGCUGUUAGGGCUCCUCCCUCCAAGUGCGGGCUGCACCGGAGACGGCCUCCUUCAGGGCUGCGUGGUCGGGUGCACUGCUCACGCCUGUCCUGUGAGCCUGAGGGUGUGGCCAGGGCCUGGGGGGCGCGGCCUUGUGCGUCGAAAGCGUUGGGCAGGCCUGCGGGCCUGGGGUUUGAGUGGUGGCCUGAGCGGGCCUGGCAGCUCCCCCUUCCAGGGAGGUGUGUGGGACUCCUGGGAGCGCUCGGCCCCGGCCCAGGGCAGACGCGCAGACCCCGCUCGCAGCGGCCCCGUGUGCGGAGCGCGUAGUUUUUAGGGUGACCUGCACUUGCCACACCUCCGCUUUGCUUCCCCAGGCGCGCUGCAUUUUCAGUUGGUCAGAGCCCCCGUGUCACAAGGCCUGCCGUGUCAGAGCAGACCGGCCUCCACGGCUGCCCAGGUCUGCCCACAGGGAAGUGCGGUCCCUCAGGAGGCCCGGCCAGGCCGCCUGCAAACGGCAGGCCUUGGGCGCUGCUGCUUCCUCCGGCCUCAGCCUGGCUCUGGGUGAGGAGGCUGGGCAGCCGAGUCUCCUGAAGGCCCCCUCCGCAGCCCCCCCACCCCCCCACCCCUGCCCCCGCCGCUGUGGGUGCCAGUGCAUCUCGGAGCCUGUGCUUGUCAUUCUCCUGGGUCCAGCGUCCAGAUUUCCUUUGAUUGUAAAAUAUAUUUUUACUUUUCAGCCUAAUUUAAUAAAUGAUCUAUAUGAGAGUAGAGCAUUAAAGUCCUGCAGGGAAGUUUA